AUGGUUCGCGGUUUUCACUCGUCUGUACCCGACCAUCCAUUUAUGUUGAACAUACAGGGAAAAGCGAAGAAGACCAGAAAGUUCGCGCAAGUGAAACGGCUGCUUAAUCCCAACGAUAUCAGGCUCAAGGAGAACCAGCUGAAGCAGAAACAGAAAGAGGAGGCUGAGAAGGAGAAAGCUGUUCGUCGGAUACCACAGGUUGCCUCGUCUUUGUUUCUGCAACAUAACGAUGCCCUUGUACCGCCAUAUCGCGUCCUGAUUGACACCAACUUCAUCAACUUUAGCCUGCAGAAUAAGUUGGAGCUGUUUUGUCUAGUCCCGGUUUCUGCCGCCUAUGUGGAGGUUAAUGACUUCGAUCUGCUGGGAGAUGCAGCUGGUUUCGGCGAGGAAGCAGCAUUCACCGGUCGUUUGGACUAUUUAUGGGGAAUUAAUCCAGUGUGUCUACGACUUGAAGUGCACCCAGCAGUCAAUUACAAGCCAUCGAUGGUGCAAGACGAUGGAACGAAACCUUGGUUGUGGGUGGAGAAAUCAGACAAGUCGACCGACCACGCAAAGAAGGACCUAGCUGUGGAAGAAGCAACCCAGCUGCUAAAGGAAAUGACUGAGAAGAUUGAGAAUAUCAAAAACGAUGACUCUAUUCCGGUCCGUGCAAACAAGAAGAAGGGUACUAAAAGCAAGAAGGAGAUGCGCGAGGCAGUCCAAAGCGAGGCCACGGAAAAACUGAAAGAAAUUUCUGUUCGUCACGACUAUGUCUCUGGGAAAUGGCUUAUCUUUGCCCCAUCCGAAAAAGUCGAUCUCGUCUGGUCGGCGAUUGCAACUUCACUUGUUUCAGGGCCGCUGGCGUCUACAAGCGCGGACCUAACGAAGGUUUCUACCUGUCCGCGGAUCGAAAUUCCAAAUUAUUCACACGUGCUGUGCCUCUACGUUCCUAACGUCUACGAUAAAGAUGAUAUGACUGAGGUUUAUACCAUUAACUGCACACUGCAGAGCUUCUUGAAUGACAGAGACCGGUCAUGUGCAGAUCAUGAAGGUCCUGCUUCGGAGGCACGGGAUGAAUUUAAUGGGCGUCAAAUCGAAUUUAUACACUGCAAUAGCAAGCAUGCAAGCGGGAUCCCGUCGACGAAGGUAUGGAAAAACGCCGCUCUCCUUCCAGACGCCGAAAGCAAGAGAUUAAAAGACGAGUUCUACGCGGAGCUGAAUGCUGCCAAGAAUUCCGAUGCAGUCAAAGUGGCCGCGGAGAAAGAGGCUUCGGGGAUGUCGGCGAAACCUAAACCUAAGCUUAGGGAAAAAGCAGAAGAUAAUCCGUUUGAGUCUGAUGACGAGCGAGCCAAUACGGCAGCCGAGUGCAAGGACGAGGAUAAAGGGCAGGUCGUUAAAACUGGGGGACCUACUGCUGCUCGACCAUCGAACAAGCCUGGUGCGCAAAAGAAGCGGAAAGCUGAUGACGAUGUUUUCGAGUCGGAUGACGAUGCCGAGGAGGACCAAGGACGAAAAGUAGCCGUUGCUGCUUUGAAAUCUGGUAGCAAAACCUCAAAAAGGGCCAGGGUCGUUGUCCACGACGAGGAGGAUGAAGAUGGGAGACUGAGAAAGAAGACAUCGAGAAGAUGA